AUGCAGCAAGUGCUUGGUCAGCAGGACGUUGGGUUUCAAUCCGCAGAGCAGGAGCUGGCGCUGCACGCAGUAAUUGAUGGGCAGACGCCGCUUGUCGUCGUGCUGCCAACUGGUGGAGGCAAGAGCUUGCUGUUUAGCGUGCCGGCUUGCAUAGACGACGCUGGGGUGAUGGUGGUCGUGGUGCUGUACCGAGCGCUCAUUGAGGAUCUAGUAGACCGGAUGCAGAAGUGCGGCAUCGACUGCAUGGAGUGGAAGCACGGCGAGAGCAGCCCGGCCGCUGUUGUCGUAGUC